AUGUUGAACAAGACUUUUGUUUUGGCCUCCAUGCUUGGUAGUGCUAUUGCAUUUAGCGCUACCUGCAAAGACACCGCAUUUGAUCCCAAGACAAAUGUCCUUUCAGCAAGCUGCCUGCCUCGGGACAACUCGGCCUACCUCCCCACACAGUUGGACCUCGACAAUUGCUUCGGAUACAGCGACAGGGAACUGACAUGGGAGAAGAGAAACUUCAGUGACAGCUGUAACAACUGUCGUAUCUUUCAAGCGCCCGAUCCGUGGUUCCGGUAUAAUGUGUACUGGCUUGGAUGCACGUGUGAAGGUCAGAGUGAGGAGACAACUGUUUGCAUCGAAAUAGCAGUUGCGCAUGAGUAUGUACGCAACGACAAUGGUGUUCUCAGAUGUUGA